CUUUCCAGCACCGCUUUCUAACAACUUAUUUCCCAGCUAUCUUCCCUAGCGCUUGUUCACGACUAAAGCGCAAGACCUUAGCCGACUGGAAUUUCUGCCGCCAAUAUGGGCCUCAGCACAGCAGCAGCAGCGAAGUUGCUCUCACCCGCAUUCGCAGCAUCAGCCGCAUCAGCCGCCGAAUCAGCGCCGUCCCUGACGUCAACUUCACGAGCAGCAACCUCUCGCUUAUGCGCCUUCGUCCGUUACCGGGCCGCCGCAGUGCACACAAGCCUGUCAUUCCCUGCAGCGGUACCUCUAAAUUCACUUGCUGCUCGGGUGGUAACGGCUUCCGCUGGGGUUUCAAGAGCCAGGAGUGCUCGGCUAAAUGCAGGCCGCUCCGUACACUACGAAACAGCAGACACUUACGUUUUUAUAGCUCCAGGCGAGGAGGAAGUGUUCCUAUCCCGCCCGGAGGUGCUACAAUGCCUCCUAAACGAGCUCAAGAGCUGGAAAAAGGAAGGUCGACGGCUUUCAGACGACUUGGCAGUUUUUGAGUCUCUUGAGGAAGCUGCCGAGUUUUUGCUCGACUCUGCCUGUGAAUUGGAGUUGGGUGGUGGAAAGGGCGCUUUUCAGUGGUUCGAAGUGAGACUAGAGCCCAAUUCGUCUGAAUGAGUUGCUUGCUUUGUGGCUUGGCCCCUAUAUAUGGUGAAGUGCAAAAGUAGUUCUUUGUAAUUAAAUACUACACUGCCCA